CCUGAGACCAACGCGUUGCUUUUCUCCAUCCACGUCCUGCGCUGAGGUGAUAUCUCUAGUUGAAUGAUCUCCUUGUUUUAAGUAGCUGGCCUGCUUAGACACCGAUUAACUACAACUCAAAGAUGGCCUCCUCGUCGAAACCAUCGAAUUCCUUGCUGUACUCUUGCGUAGCACAUAGGACAACUAUCUUAGCAGAGCAUUCCGCUCCUGGAAGCUCAUCCACCGCGGCUUCCUCCCUCGCAUCAAUCAUCCUACCCAAGAUCUCUCAUGACAAGCCGCAAAAGCUCACCUAUACUCAUGACCGCCUUUUCGUGCACUACGUCGCCGACUGUCCUUCAGGGACCAGUGAAGAUGGAGGGCAGCAGCAGGAGAUCUCAUCUUACGCGCCUCUGAGCUACCUUGUUGUCGCAACGGCGGAGCAGGGUCGACGCAUUCCGUUUGCUUUUCUUCUCGAGUUGAAACGCAAGUUCCUCUCCGCGUAUCCACCAUCUGCCACCGACUUUUCCACCCUCCCAGCGUACGGAUGUGCCUCUUUCAAUGCUGAACUUCGAUCUCUCCUCCAAACAUACAACACCGCUCCACCAUCAGACUCGCUCGCCUCUGCCCGGCGCGAGAUUGACAAUGUCCGCGACAUCAUGACCGCAAACAUCGAACAGGUGCUAGAGCGUGGCGAGCGAAUCGACCUGCUCGUGGACAAAACAGAUCGAUUGGGCGGUAGUGCGCGCGACUUCCGCAUGCGCAGUCGCGGCCUGCGAAGACGGAUGUGGUGGAAGAAUGCGAAACUGAUGGUCCUUCUCGUCGUUGUAGUGAUAUUCCUGGUCUAUCUUUUUGUCGGCAUGGGAUGCGGAUUGCCGGCAUGGGGCAAAUGCACUGGUCAUUAAGCUUGAUCCUCCUCAGCAUAUCUUGAAAAAAAGAAAAGCCAAACACACGCCUCGAAGCCAGGCUGGCUCAUGUUGGCACUUAUACCCCUUAAGGAGUAGCCAGGUCAUAUACCCCCGCCGCAUCGACUGACAUCUCUCUAUUCACCCGCGCUUGAGCACAGUCUACCUGGUUUUAUCUUAUUCCUGUACACGACAUGCACGUUCUCGAGACCUUUAGCAUGCGGUACGAUAUUGUCUCUAUGCGAACCAUGUACCAUUGUAUAGUUUCGGGAAACCCGGCGUCUUUCUUGCUUCCAUGUAUCGAUCGACUAAUGCGACUGAGCAAUGUAUACCUUAGCAUCGAAUUAAAUUGAGCAAACCAGUAUUCUGUUUCAAAUACCAAAG